AAGGGGAUGGGGUGGUGAACCGAAGGGGAUGCCCGGAUGGGGGCGCGCGCGCGCGAGGAAUGGCCGUUGUGACUCCACUUUGGUGGGGUGCCAGUUGAGAAGGGGGCAAAGAUAACACAGCAGCAUGCCAGCCUUACCCUUGGACGAGCUCCAGUUUACAGAGAAAGAUUCACUGACUGGGACGGUGAAGACUUUACCAGCCCUGCAUCCCGAAAAGAAAACCGAGCGCUCUUUUGUGCUGUAUAAGCCUCCGCCGAAAGCCAGAGGCGACCUGGCGCUGCUGGAGGAGUUCUGGGAGAGAGCCAAGUUUGUUGCGGAUGACCUGGAGUGGCUUUUGGCUUUGCCUCAUGACAGAUUCUGGUGCCAGGUGAUAUUUGACGAGACACUCCAGAAGUGCCUGGAUUCCUACCUGCGCCAUGCCCCUCGCAAGUUUGACCAAGUGGCAGACUUACCUCCAGAGGUGAAUGACCUCCAGAGACGCCUGCAUCGGAAUGUUUUCCUCACCUUCCUCCGAAUGUCCACCCAUAAGGAAUCCAAAGAUCAUUUCAUCACGCCAUCUGUUUUUGGAGAGAUCCUUUACAAUAACUUCUUGUUUGACAUUCCCAAAAUCCUGGAUCUGUGUGUGCUGUUUGGAAAAGGCAACGGCGCUCUGCUCCAGAAGAUGAUUGGAAACAUCUUUACUCAGCAGCCAAGCUACUUCAGUGACCUGGACGAAACCGUGUCGACAGUCCUUCAGGUAUUCGGCAACCUUCUGCACACGUGCGGCUUGCAGUGUGAAGGGGCUUCAUCCGUGCCCCAGAAGCUGGAGGAAAGGCUCAGAUUGACUCCUGGGGACAUGCCUCUGCAGGAGUUGAAAGAUGUUGUACUGUACCUGUGUGACACCUGCAUCACUCUCUGGGCUUUUCUGGAUGUCUUUCCACUGGCUUGCCAGGCAUUCCAAAAGCAUGAUUUCUGCUACAGGCUUGCUGCCUUUUACGAGCUGGUGAUACCUGAACUGGAGUCUGCAAUUAAGAAGAGACAACACGAGGAUAGCAGCUUAUUGUCAGAUUUGUGGAGGAGGCUGUCUCAUUCUCGGAAGAAGGUGGUGGAAGCUUUCCAUAUCAUUGUAAACCAGUUGUGCCUUCAGCCCAUUUUGGAGAGCAGCUGCGAUAAUAUCCAGCCUUACAUUGAAGAGUUCCUACAGAUCUUCACCUCGGUGCUUCAGGAGAGGAGAUUUCUCUGUGACUACGAUGAGCUCUUUCCCGUAGCGGAUGACGUGAGCCUCCUCCAGCAAGCCUCCUCGACCUUGGAUGAAACCCGGACAGCUUACAUCUUGCAAGGAGUAGAAAGUGCCUGGGAGGGAGUAGAUAGGAGGAAGACAACGGUCCACAACCCGCCCCUGCCGGAAGCCGCAGCUGGAGCCUCUGCGACGGUGCUGCCCUGCCACUCAGAGGGACUGGAGACGCUUGGGAAGGAAAAUCACACGGAGUUCGCCAGAGCAGCUGCGGCCCCUGCCCCCAAGAUCUCUGGGGUGGAGCUGGAUUCUCUGAUCUCCCAAGUGAAGGACCUGCUACCUGACCUCGGGGAAGGCUUUGUCCUGGCCUGCUUGGAGGAGUAUAACUAUGACAUAGAGCAGGUGAUCAACAACCUUCUCGAGAACAAGCUGGUGGCAACCUUGGAGAAGCUGGAUCGAGCGAUGCCCAGACCAGUGAAGCCAGACCCAACCCCUCUAGUCACUUCUCGCUACAACGUUUUCCAGGACGACGAAUUUGAUGUUUUCAGCAAGGACUCUGUGGAUAUGUCCCGGGUGCAGAAAGGGAAGAGGAGUGACAAAGUCACAACCGAAAGCUUAUUGAACGACAAGCGCCUUGUGUCUGAGCAGAGGGAACGCUACAGCCAGUACUCCGUGAUAGUGGAGGAGGUCCCAGAGCCGAGCGGAGCAGGCCCCCUCUACCAGGAUGACUAUGAGGACGAAUACGACGACACUUACGAUGGCAACCAGGUGGGAGCGAACGACGCCGACUCGGACGACGAGUUGAUCAGCAGGAGGCCGUUUACCACCCCUCAAGUCCUGAGAUCAAAAGAACGUGAAGAGGAGGAGGAGGAGGAGGAACAUGAUGAAGAGGUGGCAGUGGACAAUAAGGGGGCUGCAAAGGACCACUUUGUGCAGGAUCCAGCAGUGCUGCGGGAAAGAGCUGAAGCCAGGCGGAUGACCUUCCUCACAAGGAAAGGGCACAAGCCAGACACCUCGGCAGCCGUUUCGGGCAGCAGCAAGGGGCAUGGCCAGAGCCGAGAGACAGUCCAGGAGCGCAGGAAGAAAGAAGCCAGCAAAGGGACCAGGGCUAACCAUAACCGCCGUGCCAUGGCUGACCGCAAGCGUAACAAAGGCAUGAUCCCCUCCUGAAGAAGUGGAGGAGGGGUGACCGAUGCCCCAGCCCCUCUAGAGACUUGUCCCUGUUUAUGGAGAGCAUCUGCAUGUAGCAACAGGAAAUCCCAUUACAGAGAACUGCAACA